AUUUCAAUUUGUUUUUCUGAAUUCAAGUAUAAUAUUAUCAGAUAUUAUUCCUAGUUCUUGCUUUAUUACAUCUCCACUUGCAUUGUUCACUUUUAUUUUCGUUGUUAAUCCUUUGGUACCCUUCCUUUCUCAAAUCAAACACGCGUUGACCCUCGUUCAACCCCAAAAACAAAACUGGAAAUUGAAGAAAGGAUCCGAGCAAUUAGAAAUUUGGAAUCACCCAGAAACAGAAGGAGCCCUUCUUUUUCUUCUCUGCGAUUUCUCUGCUCUCUCUCCCUCCCCGUCUUCAGGUGCAAAGCUCCAAUAGCGUAAUUGCCAUUUUUCUUUUAUAUAAUUUAAUUACUGUUGCUUUACGUGCAAGCUUCUUCAAUUUUCCCAUCCAGGGAAAGAAGAAUACUACUUUAACAUAUUUGGGGAAAUUCAACCCACGAUUCUUCUGUAAAAUUUGUCCGAGAAUAAUCGUUGUUUGUCUGGGUAUUUGGGGUUAGCAGAGGAGAGAAAGUUGAAAACUUUUUCUGCCUCGUGGUUUUGUUGAUAUAAUGGGUCAUGGGUUGUUCUCCUUUGGCAAAUGGGGUUUUGCAAUAAUUGGCUAUUAUUAAUUUUGCUGAAAGUGGGAAUUUUAUGUUAUUGGAUUUUGUCUGGGUCAGAUUUGGGAAGAAAAAAAAGGUUAUUUUUUGGUGGGAGGUUCUAUGGAAUGCCCCAUUGGGGAUUAAGGGUUGACUUCUUUUGAAAGUUUGGAGUUUGAUUUUGUGUUUGGGUUUUGAAUCUGGGAGGCUGAGAUUUGUGAGUGGGGUUGAUUGAAGUUUGGUUUGAGUGAUGGAUGAGGCACUGGGUAGUUCAUGUUCCCUGCCCCCUUUCCUGGCGAAGACUUAUGAGAUGGUUGAUGAUCCUUCCACGAAUUCAAUUGUUUCGUGGAGUGCCUCUAGUAAAAGUUUCGUUGUGUGGAAUCCUCCAGAAUUUGCUAGGGAUUUGCUGCCUAGAUUCUUUAAGCACAACAAUUUCUCAAGUUUCAUCAGGCAGCUCAACACAUAUGGAUUUAGAAAAAUUGACCCGGAACAAUGGGAAUUUGCCAAUGAUGAUUUUGUAAGAGGGCAACCUCAUCUUAUGAAGAACAUUCAUAGACGGAAGCCGGUUCAUAGCCAUUCUUUGCAGAAUCUCCAAGCACAGGGCCCAUUAGGGGAAUCAGAAAGGCAGAGUUUUACUAAUGAAAUAGAGAAGCUUAAACAUGAUAAAGAGCGACUUCUAGCCGAAUUGCAGAAAUUUCAGCAUGAGUGGCAGACAUAUGAGAUACAAGUACAUUGCUCAAACGAUAGGUUGGAAAAGUUAGAACAAAAGCAACACAAGAUGGUUUCUUCGGUUUCUCACGUAUUGCAGAAACCUGUGAUUGCUGUAAAUAUCUUGCCUCUGACAGAAACUAUGGAUAGAAAACGAAGGUUACCGAGAAGUGGCCACUACUAUGAAGAAGCUAGUAUUGAAGAUGCUAUUGAAACUUCUCAAAUGUUACCAAGAGAAAAUGGAGAUAAUACCACUGUCUUGACAUUAAAUGUGGAUCGAUUGGAUCAGCUUGAAUCAUCCGUGGCAUUUUGGGAGGCUAUUGCACAUGAUAUUGGAGACAACUUCGCCCAAAUUCAGUCAAACAUGGAUGUUGAUGAAUCUAGAAGUUGUGCUGAUAGUCCAUCCAUAUCUUGUGCCCAAUUAGAUGUUGAAAUUCGGCCUAAAUCAUCUGGAAUUGAUAUGAACUCUGAGCCAACUGUAGCUGCUGUCCCAGAGCCAGUUGCAUCAAAAGAUCAACCUGCAGGAAUCACUGUCGCAGCGACUGGAGUUAAUGAUGUAUUCUGGGAACAGUUCUUGACAGAGGAUCCUGGGGCAUCAGAAACACAGGAAGUGCAGUCAGAAAGAAAGGAUUCUGAUGGCAGAAAGAAUGAAGGAAAACCCAAUGACCUUAGCAAAUUUUGGUGGAAUAUACGGAGUGCAAAUACUCAUUCAGAACCGAUGGGGCAUGUUGGUCAGGCAGAGAAAACUUAGUGGCAAUAGAUUAUUCUUCUUGCUUGUACUUCUGUACAAUCACAUGUAAUAAAUAUAGGUUUGCAUGGUUUUUUUAUUUUGUCUACAAUAAAUACGUGUUCCUUAUUUUGAAUAGGAUGCAUCCUCCAUUGAUUCGUUUC